AUGGAAAUGAGAAGAGAAGUUAGGGUUGUGUUUGUAGUGGCGGUGUUGUUGAUCAGCUGCCGGAGUGGAGCUGACGGAAAGGAUGAGUUAGAGAGAGAAAAUGGGGUUGUAGGGUGGCCCGAUUCUAAUUCCACCACUAAGAUUUCUAGUGCGAAACAUAGUUUUAUGGAGGAUGUAGAGCACAAAGGCACGAAUUCUUCUGUGGAAAUUUUAGUCCAAAGCAAUAGUAAUAUUGAACAUGCUGGGAAAGGAGGAAAGAAGGGUGGUGGAGGUGGGGGUGGGGGUGGAGGUGGAGGUGGAGGAGGUGGAGGCGGUAGUUGUGGUGGAGGGGGUGGAGGCGGCAGUGGCAACGGCAAUGGUCGAGGAAAAGGUAAACCACACAAGAAAAGAAAAGGAAAAGGAGGGGGUGGAGGCGGCAAUGGCAAUGGUCGAGGAAGAGGCGGUUGUAGCUGUGGUGGUGGUGGUGGUGGUGGUGGUGGUGGGGGAGGGGGAGGGGGUGGAGUUGGAGGUGACUAUGGUGGAAGAAACGGUAAACCACACAAGAAAGCAAAAGGAGGUGGAGGUGGUAGUGGUGGUAGAAACCACGAAUGGGGUAAAGGAGACGGAAGAGGUGUCGGCGGGAGUGGUUGGAGAGGAAGUGGCAAAGGUGGAGGUUCGGGUCGAGGAGGAGGUAGCGGUGGCGGUGACAACCAUGGUGGCACAAGAAAAUCAAUGGGAGGGAGAACUAAAACUACCUCUCCUCCAUAG